AUGAAGUCGGCGCCCCGGACCCAGGUCUCCUUGGAGACCUCCAUUGAUAGCUUGGGCUCGCACAUCAUCAGCAGCAGGCAAUCGGGCAGCACUUGCUUCCGCUCUUCUUCUUCUUCUUCUUCAUGUUCUUCCUUACUGUUUUCUAAUUGCUCGCUGUUUACGAGUGUACCUAUUAGCAAGAGCAGCCAUUUUGGUGGGAUCAGAUCUACACCUCAUAAGCAAAAGCGCAUUCUUCGGAGGUAUAGAAAUGCUCACUCUCCCCCUUUCUUCUUUCCCUUCUUCAUCUUCAACCUCCAAACUCCGCCCUCUAACCUCAAUUCUUCCAUUCCUAACCUCAAUAUUAUCAAACACAUGCUGCCUCCUGCAAUUCCACACACACAUACUCUCCUCCGCCGCCGCCGUCUCCGACGCCGCCGCGUCUCCGCAGCCGGACAUGGCCUCAAUCUCCCUCCGCCGCCCACCGCCGCACACCAGGCAUCUCCCCAAAACCGCCCCACUUUCUUCCCAACACUCAUUACCAUCAUUACAACAACAACAACAGCAUCCGCUCUUGGUGAUUCGACAAUGGCUACAACAGCAGGGGAACAACAAACAGGUGAACUCGGAGCCGAAGGCGCGCAUUGCGGACGCCGGCAGGUGGACCCACCUCUGGUUCUUACGCUCUUCCUGCAGCUGCUCCGCCCUCCGGAAGCUCGCCUCCCCCGUCCGCCGCUGAGAGAGGCUCCGGCGGUGCUGCCUCCCUCUCCUCUUCGAUUUCACCCUCACCUGCCCGAUGCAGGUUACUUUGGGGGAGGACGGCUCGGGGUUGUCGGCGGUGGAUGGGCCGCCGCUUCUGGAGCGGCGGCGGAGGAAGAAGAAGGAGGCAGCUCGGCCGUUGGGGUUGAGGAAGGAUUUGGAGAGUUUCAUUUCAUGUGGUGGAUGGGAUGGGAUGGAAUGGAAGGGACAGGGACAGUGUUGAUAAUGGAGGAGCUCUUGAUCCGUCGCAGCUCAAGAACGCCGGUCUCGAGGGCUGCACGCUGCCGCCCAAGUUUAUUACAGAAUCAUUCCCUGCGAGUUGUGCCCGCCAUCAAAUCGGUCGGCGAAGACAAUACUGUGGGCCUCUACAGAGUGGUGUUGUCGGGGCCUCUUGCUGGAGUAUUAGCGGCAAUCGACGAAGCUGCAAUGGAGGGGAAGUAGUGGAGGACGGCAGCCAUAUCAUGAUGCAGUCGGCUAAGACACGACGACGGGCUACUAUGUGUGUGUGUGUGUGUGUAAUGUUGUUUUAGGUGUAAAUGAGAGAGAGUGUGAG